CUGCUGCAGCUGGAGCUGGUGGUAGUGGUGGCGGUAUGGCGGCUGCUGCUGCUGGCGGAGAUGCCGCUUCGAUGGCUGGUGACGAUGCUGGGACUGAUGCUGGUGCCAGCUCUAUACCACCAUCGGAAGCUGGCGGUCGUCCACCCUUGGAUACGGUGGGUUCAGAAGGUGGCGGUCCUUCGAGCAUGGGUGGCAUGGUUGGUCCACCAAGUCCUUUAACCGGUUGUUAUUUAUUGAUCAUUUUGGGUGAGCCGCAUUCGGAGGAGCAUAAGGAUAAUAUUUUGCAGCAUUUGCUAAAGGGUUUCCUCUCAUGGGACGUAGCUGAUUGUCAUGUCGAUUUGGAAGAGGAACUGAAUACUAUAACCAAGCAUGCACCCGAAGGAGAGGAGGCACGUUAUGGCGAACGACUCAUUCAGUAUGCUAGCGAAAAUCUAGUCACUGAAGUUUUGAUACAUCCCCAAUACAAUACUCUUAUACAAUGUAUGCGCAACAUGUUGAGCAGCUUCACCAGGCAUCGUCACAUCAUACAUGCCGGCUAUACCUUUUCGGGUAAUGGUUCCUGGAUACUACAGGAUGGAACCUUUUCGGUUGGUGACUUUGCCGAAGCUUUCCAAGAACAUGAUGUCCAAAGAGUUAUUCGUGCUUAUGCCGAUACCAUUACCAUGAACAUCCACUGUGCCGAUGCUGGCCUAUGGCAUACCUUGCCAGACAAAAGUUAUGCCCGCCUCUGCAAGAUACGCAUUAAUCCAGUCGAUGUCUUGGAUACCAGCAGUGAGAGCAUAAAUGCUUUUAUAGACUAUUUGGCUCCCAUGUUGGUGCCCACAUCCAUACGUGAACUACUCGAGACCUCAGACGUUGUUGGCAAUAUACGCUUCACACAUCCCACACUAUAUGUCUUCCCCGGCGGUCAGGGUGAUGCUGCCCUAUUUGGCAUCAACGGUUUUAAUAUGUUGGUCGAUGGUGGCUUUAAUCGCAAGGCCUGCUUUUGGGAUUUCGUCCGCCACCUAGAUCGUUUGGAUGCUGUGCUUAUGACCCGCCUCAACAACAGCAACAUCCAGGGUCUCAGCUCGGUGGUCGAGCGUAAACGCGAUGCGCCCGUUUAUCCACAAAUCGGCCAUUUCUUUUGCAAUAUACCUGAUCGCAAGGGCGGUCUGCCUAGUCCCGAUGGUGAUAAGGAUCGCAAUCCACUAUUGAUAGAUCUCUUUGAGAGAGGCCAUAAUCUAGUCAGUGACUUAAAGUCGUUAGAUUUAAAACCACAAACCUGUUAUAGAGCACCCGAACCCAUUAACCUAUACCACAAGGUGGGCCAUGGCACCUUGGACAUGUACGUCAUAAGUCCCUCUCGCGAUUCACGCGAAGUCAAGGAGUUCCUGCAGAAAUGGAACUCGGGGGAUCAGCGACUGUUUGCCGCCCGCGAUUCCAAGGAUUUCAACUUCCCCCUUCAGAAUCUGGUUUCGAUUUGCGCCCUGCUUGUCUGGCAGCCAGCCAAUCCUGAUGACAGCAUCACACGUAUACUCUUCCCCGGUAGUACGCCCGACUACAAGAUCCAAGAAGGUCUGGAAAAAAUAAAACACUUGGAAUUUAUGAAGCAUUCAACCUGCACUGCCAAAUCAAUUGCUCCUGCCAUCCAGACUGUCGUCACAACCCGCAAAACUCUGAAAUCGGCCAUUGAGCCCUCCGGGCCUAUAAUGCCCUCGAAGCCCGGCAGAUUUGUCCCUCCAGCAGCGACAGCGGCCACACUGGCCACCAUGCAGCAACAAGACAACAAAAUGAAGGAAUCAGUCUCCUCGGUUGUGGCCGAAGAGGAGAAGAUUGAGAAGAUAUAUCAGGAGGAGGAGGAGAAAAUCGCUGCCUUUAAGAAGAAGGAAGAUUCAAUCGAGACGGCGGAUGAACAGGCCGUCGAGACUGGCGACGAAGCUAUGCCAGAGCAAAUGGCUGAAACUACUAGCAAAGAAGAGGAGGACCAAGUGGACCAGGCCGUAGAAGCCGAAGUCGAUAAUAAGGAGAGCACAGAAAAGAAGGUUGAGGUUGUCAUAGUCAAACCUCAACCCCAGGCUCCACCUCCAGCCAAGGAUAUAAUUGAAACUGCUGCCGAACCCAUUAAACCCGCCAAACCGGCCAAAGCUAAGGCUGAAAAGCCCAGGGCCGAAGUCAAGCCCUUGGUACGCUCCCGUAUCGAUACCCGACCUCCCAAAUCAAUGGAACGCAAGGUUGCCAAGAAGGACGAAAAGAAGAGUUCGCCAACAGCAACUCCACGAAAACAGGAAUCUGCUAAACCACCUACCAGAGAGGUCAAAUCCAAAGUUGGCAGCCGUCCAGCUAAGGCCAGUCCCAGCAGUACACCGGCCAAAAGCGCCAAAGAAGCCAAUAAUCGCAAGGUCUUCGAAUCGAAACAGCAGUCCAUUAGACAGACAUCCACAACCACCUCGAGUACCCGAAGGGAAGUCACACGCACCGCAGUCAGUAGCACUGAGAAACGAGAAACCAAGGCCGCCGAACCUCGUAAGCCUAUCUCGAGAAGACCACGUGGUGCAUCGCCUUCAAAACGUGCUCCUGGCAGUCCUGUCAAGGCGGUUAAGCCCAAAGCUGCCGAUCUUAAGAAAGCCCGCCUGGACAAGGGCGGCACCACCGACUCCAGCCUAGUCUCUACUCCAUCCGCCGAUGAUGCUGCUGCUGCCAAAAAGCUACAAGAACUCACCGCCUCCCAGGAAUUGGACGUGGAGAAACAGCGUGAACUAGACGACCUCAAGGAAGAACAAGAGGUGGUGCGGGAAAUCGAAGCGGUCUUCUCUCGCGACGAAAUGAAACGCCACCAACAAAUCAAGGCUGAAAUUCGCGAAGUUACAAAACAGGACAGUACAACCGAAGCCGAAGAAGACGACGAGUACUUGAUCAUUGAAAAGGAGGAAAUCACCGAGGACUCCAUUGUCGAACAGGAGGAGAGCAGUGUUACCAAAGAGGAGGAAAUCCAAAAGCACCAACGCGACUCCCAGGAAUCGGAGAAGAAGCGCAAACGCAGUGCCGAAGAGGAGAUCGAAGCCGCCAUUGCCAAGGUGGAAGCCGAAGAACGCAAGGCUAAACAUGAAACUGAGCCCACCGAGGCAGAAGAGGCUGAAAAGGAGGCGGAUGCUGAGGCCAAGGUGGGACUCACCACUGCCGUCGAAUCCGAAAUUAAGGCUGAAGUACAGGAAAUUAUUACUACAGCCAAGGAAAUUGUCACUUCCAAAACUGAUGAACAUCUGGCCAAGACCGAAGAGGAUCUAUCUUCGGUAACGCCCGACGAACGCAUCAGUAGCGCUAAAAAGACGUCCGAUACCAAAGAUGACUUGGUUGGCAUGCCUGUUGAGGUAAUCCCAGCCAACCUUCAAGAAAGCCUGCCAGAAGAACGAUUCUCUGCCACAAUAGAGUCGGGCGCCACUACAGCCCCCACACUGCCCGAAGACGAACGCAUCCCAUUGGAUGAAAUCAAAGAAGACCUGGCCAUUGAAGAGAAAUACGUCAAGGAGGAAACUAAAGAAGUGGAAGCCGUAGUUGCAUCCGUAAGUGCCCUGACGUCGAUCAUUCCUCCAUCUGAAACCAGUGCUGAGCCUAAGGAAAUUCUGGCUCAGAAAUACACGGAUCGUAUUGUGGCCGGUAUUGGAACCGCAGAGCGUAUUUUGCCUAUCAAAAUGGCCUAUGAUUCCCAACAGAUGCGGGACGUUGUUAAAACUCCCGAUGAAGUGGCCGACCUGCCCAUGCACGAAGAAGCCGACAUGGGUAUGUAUGAAAAGGACGCUCAAGAUUCUGGCAAGUCCAUCUCCCACAAGGAGGAAUUGGCCAAAGAAGAAAAGGAGGAAGAAGAGAAAGUCACCGAAAUCGAAGAGGAAGACGAAGAAGUUGAAGAGGAGAAGGAUACGAAAUUGACAAAGGAAGACGAAGAAGAGGCUCAGGAAACCGUAACAGCCGUCCAACAGGAGGAAGAGUCCAAAGAGAAGGUUCCUUCACCAACCGAAAAGGCUCCUGCCUCUCCAGCUGAUGUUAAGGAUGCUGAGGAAAUCAAGGAGGAAGAUACACAUGAAGCCGAAGAAACUGCCGUUGAGGUAAAAGAAGAAAUCACCGCCGUUAAAGUGGCUGAAGUUAAGGAGGCAAAGAAACCUCUGGCAUCACCUGAGGAGAAGGAAGUUAGCGAAAUUACAUCGGAAGACGAAAUUCCACCACAAAUGCCAACAACAAAGCCCGGAGCUGAGAAACACGAAGACACCAUUUCCGUCGAAUGCCCUCCAACAAUUGAGGAGGCAAUUGAAGUUGAAGUCCAAAAAUCGUUGCAAGCCAGCCGCAAGACAUCCGUGGAAUCCAAGGAGACAUCUAAGAAACCCUCAGCCGAAGUUUCUAAAGAAACUUCGCGACGAGAAUCUGUAUCGGAAAAAGCAGCAGAAUCUAAGGAAACAUCAAGGCCUGAAUCCGCAGUCGACGAAGAAAAAUCAGUACACGAUUCUAAACAGCCCUUACGACGAGAGUCCAUAGCUGAUGCCGAGAAAAUAAGUAAGUCAAAGGAACCUUCUGAGAGUGCUUCCGUUGGUGAAGCUUCCCGUAAGAGUUCGGUCGAAGAAAGCGAAAAGGCCAAGACAUCUGAAGCAGCGUCAAGAGAACCAUCUCGGCCUGCUUCGGUAACAGAAAGCGAUAAAGUGGAAAAAUCUGUUAUGGAGAGCGAAAAAGCAGACCUUACCGUAGUUUCACAAAAAACUUCGGUUAUAGAGGCCGAAAAGGAUCAGAAGAUUGCAUCUACAGAGGUCUCCAAAGGGCCAUCAGAGACUGCAUCAGCCGUUGUCAGCGAAAAGGAUGAAAAAUCGCCAAUAGCUUCCAGAAAACCCUCAGUUGCAGAGAGCGAGAAGAAAUCUGCUGAAGAAUCUAAAGAAACAUCUCGACCCACAUCCGUGGCUGAUAGCAAGGAGGUUGCAUCAGCGGCAGUCAGUGAAACGGACGAGAAAUCUCCAGUUGAAUCGAGGAAACCUUCCGUAGCAGAAAGUGAGAAGAAAUAUGCCGAAGAGUCCAAGGAGUCUUCAAGACCCACUUCCGUUGCUGAAAGUAAAGAUGAUGACAAAUCUGCAAUUGCAUCUCGAAAGGAAUCAGUGGCCGAAAGCGUUAAGGACGUUAAGUCAACAGAGGCAUCCAAGCCAACAUCGGAGGCUGUUUCAGCUGCAGUUAGUGAGAAGGACGAAAAAUCUCCAAUUGCUUCAAGAAAAGCUUCCAUAGCCGAUAGCGAGAAGAAAUCUGCCGAGGAAUCCAAAGAAAUAUCACGACCUACUUCCGUCGCAGAAAGCAAGGAAUCCGCAUCAGCAGCUAUUAGUGAAAAAGAUGAGAAAUCUCCAGUUGCUUCAAGGAAACCUUCGGUUGCUGAAAGUGAUAAGAAAUCUGCCGAGGAAUCCAAGGAACCAUCACGACCUGUUUCCGUGGUAGAAAGCAAAGAGGAAGAGGACGUCAAGUCAAUCGAGGCAUCAAAGCCAGCUUCAGAGGUUGUGUCAGCUGCCGUUAGCGAAAAAGAUGUGAAAUCUCCCUUUGCUUCUAGGAAGUCUUCGGUUGCAGAUAUUGAGAAAAAGUCUGCCGAUGAAUCCAAAGAACCAUCACGACCAACAUCAGUCUCUGAAAGCAAAGAAGACGUCAAAUCACCAAUUGUAUCUAGAAAACAGUCUGUUGUCGAAAGCGUAACAGAAGUAAAGUUGACCGAGACAUUUACAGAAACAACUAAACGAACAUCCGCUGCUGUCAGUGAAAGGGACGAGAAAUCACCGAUUUCUUCAAGAAAAACUUCAGUUGGUGAAAGCGAUAUCAAAUCUACAGAAGCAUCCCGUCCAACAUCCGUCGCUGAAAGCAAAGAAGAUGAAAAAUCCACCACUGCAUCACGAAAGGCCUCGGUAGCAGAAAGUGAAAAGAAAUCUGCCGAGGAAUCCAAGGAAGCUUCCCGACCAACUUCUGUCGCUGAAAGCAAGGAAGAAGAGAAAUCUCCCAUUGCCUCUCGAAAGGCCUCGGUAGCAGAAAGUGAAAUGAAAUCUGCCGAGGAAUCCAAAGAAGCUUCCCGACCAACUUCUGUCGCUGAAAGCAAGGAAGAAGAGAAAUCUCCCAUUGCCUCUCGAAAGGCCUCGGUAGCAGAAAGUGAAAUGAAAUCUGCCGAGGAAUCCAAAGAAGCUUCCCGACCAACUUCUGUCGCUGAAAGCAAGGAAGAAGAGAAGUCUCCCAUUGCCUCUCGAAAGGCCUCGGUAGCAGAAAGUGAAAAGAAAUCUGCCGAGGAAUCCAAAGAGGCUUCCCGACCAACUUCUGUCGCCGAAAGCAAGGAAGAAGAGAAAUCUCCACUCGCUUCACGAAAGGCCUCGAUAGCAGAAAGUGAAAAGAAAUCUGCUGAGGAAUCCAAGGAGGCUUCCCGACCAACUUCUGUCGCUGAAAGCAAGGAAGAAGAGAAAUCUCCCAUUGCCUCUCGAAAGGCCUCGGUAGCAGAAAGUGAAAAGAAAUCUGCCGAGGAAUCCAAGGAAGCUUCCCGACCAACAUCCGUUGCUGAAAGCAAGGAAGAAGAGAAAUCUCCCAUUGCUUCGCGAAAGGCCUCGGUAGCAGAAAGUGAGAAAAAAUCUGACGAGGAAUCCAAGGAAGCCUCCCGACCAACAUCUGUUGCUGAAAGCAAGGAAGAAGAGAAAUCUCCCAUUGUCUCACGAAAGGCCUCGGUAGCAGAAAGUGAAAAGAAAUCUGCCGAAGAAUCCAAGGAAGCUUCCCGACCAACAUCUGUCGCUGAAAGCAAGGAAGAAGAGAAAUCUCCACUCGCUUCACGAAAGGCCUCGGUAGCAGAAAGUGAAAAGAAAUCUGCCGAGGAAUCCAAGGAAGCUUCCCGACCAACAUCUGUUGCUGAAAGCAAGGAAGAAGAGAAAUCUCCCAUUGUCUCACGAAAGGCCUCGGUAGCAGAAAGUGAAAAGAAAUCUGCCGAAGAAUCCAAGGAGGCUUCCCGACCAACUUCUGUCGCUGAAAGCAAGGAAGAAGAGAAAUCUCCACUCGCUUCACGAAAGGCCUCGGAAGCAGAAAGUGAAAAGAAAUCUGCCGAGGAAUCCAAGGAAGCUUCCCGACCAACAUCUGUCGCUGAAAGCAAGGACGAAGAGAAAUCUCCCAUUGCUUCAAGAAAAACCUCGGUAGCAGAAAGUGAAAAGAAAUCUGCUGAAGAAUCCAAGGAAGCUUCCCGACCAACAUCCGUUGCUGAAAGCAAGGAAGAAGAGAAGUCUCCACUCGCUUCACGAAAGGCCUCGGUAGCAGAAAGUGAAAAGAAAUCUGCCGAGGAAUCCAAAGAGGCUUCCCGACCAACAUCCGUUGCUGAAAGCAAGGAAGAAGAGAAAUCUCCCAUUGCCUCACGAAAGGCCUCGGUAGCAGAAAGUGAAAAGAAAUCUGCCGAGGAAUCCAAGGAAGCUUCCCGACCAACAUCUGUUGCUGAAAGCAAGGAAGAAGAGAAAUCUCCCAUUGUCUCGCGAAAGGCCUCGGUAGCAGAAAGUGAAAAGAAAUCUGCCGAGGAAUCCAAGGAGGCUUCCCGACCAACUUCUGUCGCUGAAAGCAAGGAAGAAGAUAAAUCUCCCAUUGCCUCACGAAAGGCCUCGGUAGCAGAAAGUGAAAAAAAAUCUGCCGAGGAAUCUAAAGAUGCUUCCCGACCAACUUCUGUUGCUGAAAUCAAGGAAGAAGAGAAAUCUCCCAUUGCCUCGAGAAAAGCCUCGAUAGCAGAAAGUGAUAGGAAAUCCGCUGAGGAAUCCAAGGAAGCUUCCCGACCAACUUCUGUUGCUGAAAUCAAGGAAGAUGAAAAAUCUCCACUCGCUUCACGAAAGGCCUCGGUAGCAGAAAGUGAAAAGAAAUCUGCCGAGGAAUCCAAGGAAGCUUCCCGACCAACAUCUGUCGCUGAAAGCAAGGAAGAAGAGAAGUCUCCACUCGCUUCACGAAAGGUCUCGGUAGCAGAAAGUGAAAAGAAAUCUGCCGAGGAAUCCAAGGAAGCUUCCCGACCAACAUCCGUUGCUGAAAGCAAGGAAGAAGAGAAGUCUCCCAUUGCCUCACGAAAGGCCUCGGUAGCAGAAAGUGAAAAGAAAUCUGCCGAGGAAUCCAAGGAAGCUUCCCGACCAACAUCCGUUGCUGAAAGCAAGGAAGAAGAGAAAUCUCCCAUUGCCUCACGAAAGGCCUCGGCAACAGAAAGUGAAAAGAAAUCUGACGAGGAAUCCAAGGAUGCUUCCCGACCAACUUCUGUCGCUGAAAGCAAGGAAGAAGAAAAAUCUCCCAUUGCCUCACGAAAGGCCUCGGUAGCAGAAAGUGAAAAGAAAUCUGCCGAGGAAUCCAAGGAAGCUUCCCGACCAACAUCCGUUGCUGAAAGCAAGGAAGAAGAAAAAUCUCCCAUUGCCUCGCGAAAGGCUUCGGUAGCAGAAAUUGAAAAGAAAUCUGCCGAGGAAUCCAAGGAAGCUUCCCGACCAACUUCUGUCGCUGAAAGCACGGAAGAAGAAAAAUCUCCCAUUGCCUCGCGAAAGGCUUCGGUAGCAGAAAGUGAAAAGAAAUCUGCCGAGGAAUCCAAGGAAGCUUCCCGACCAACAUCCGUUGCUGAAAGCAAGGAAGAAGAAAAAUCUCCCAUUGCCUCGCGAAAGGCUUCGGUAGCAGAAAGUGAGAAAAAAUCUGCCGAGGAAUCCAAAGAAGCUUCCCGACCAACAUCCGUUGCUGAAAGCAAGGAAGAAGAAAAAUCUCCCAUUGCCUCACGAAAGGCCUCGGUAACAGAAAGUGAAAAGAAAUCUGCCGAGGAAUCCAAGGAAGCUUCCCGACCAACGUCCGUUGCUGAAAGCAAGGAAGAAGAGAAAUCUCCCUCGGUAGCAGAAAGUGAAAAGAAAUCUGCCGAGGAAUCCAAGGAAGCUUCCCGACCAACUUCUGUCGCUGAAAGCAAGGAAGAAGAGAAGUCUCCACUCGCUUCACGAAAGGCCUCGGUAGCAGAAAGUGAAAAGAAAUCUGCCGAGGAAUCCAAGGAAGCUUCCCGACCAACUUCUGUCGCUGAAAGCAAGGAAGAAGAGAAGUCUCCACUCACUUCACGAAAGGCCUCGGUAACAGAAAGUGAAAAGAAAUCUGCCGGGGAAUCCCAGGAAGCUUCCCGACCAACAUCUGUCGCUGAAAGCAAGGAAGAAGAGAAAUCUCCCAUUGCCUCACGAAAGGCCUCGGUAGCAGAAAGUGAAAAGAAAUCUGCCGAUGAAUCCAAGGAUGCUUCCCGACCAACUUCUGUCGCUGAAAGCAAAGAAGAAGAAAAAUCUCCCAUUGCUUCAAGAAAAGCCUCGGUAGCAGAAAGUGAAAAGAAAUCUGCCGAUGAAUCCAAGGAAGCUUCCCGACCAACGUCCGUUGCUGAAAGCAAGGAAGAAGAGAAGUCUCCACUCGCUUCACGAAAGGCCUCGGUAGCAGAAAGUGAAAAGAAAUCUGCCGAGGAAUCCAAAGAAGCUUCCCGACCAACAUCUGUCGCUGAAAGCAAGGAAGAAGAGAAAUCUCCCAUUGCCUCGAGAAAGGCCUCGGUAGCAGAAAGUGAAAAGAAAUCUGCCGAGGAAUCCAAGGAAGCUUCCCGACCAACAUCUGUCGCUGAAAGCAAGGAAGAAGAGAAAUCUCCGAUUACCUCACGAAAGGCCUCGGUAGCAGAAAGUGAAAAGAAAUCUGCCGAGGAAUCCAAGGAAGCUUCCCGACCAACUUCUGUCGCUGAAAGCAAGGAAGAAGAGAAAUCUCCCAUUGCCUCGAGAAAGGCCUCGGUAGCAGAAAGUGAAAAGAAAUCUGCCGAGGAAUCCAAGGAAGCUUCCCGACCAACAUCUGUCGCUGAAAGCAAGGAAGAAGAGAAAUCUCCCAUUGCCUCGAGAAAGGCCUCGGUAGCAGAAAGUGAAAAGAAAUCUGCCGAGGAAUCCAAGGAAGCUUCCCGACCAACUUCUGUCGCUGAAAGCAAGGAAGAAGAGAAAUCUCCGAUUACCUCACGAAAGACCUCGGUAGCAGAAAGUGAAAAGAAAUCUGCCGAGGAAUCCAAGGAUGCUUCCCGACCAACUUCUGUCGCUGAAAGCAAGGAAGAAAAAAAAUAUCCCAAGGAAGAAGAAAAAUCUCCCAUUGCCUCACGAAAGGCCUCGGUAGCAGAAAGUGAAAAGAAAUCUGCCGAGGAAUCCAAGGAAGCUUCCCGACCAACAUCUGUCGCUGAAAGCAAGGAAGAAGAGAAAUCUCCCAUUGCCUCACGAAAGGCCUCGGUAGCAGAAAGUGAAAAGAAAUCUGCCGAGGAAUCCAAGGAAGCUUCCCGACCAACUUCUGUCGCUGAAAGCAAGGAAGAAGAGAAAUCUCCGAUUACCUCACGAAAGACCUCGGUAGCAGAAAGUGAAAAGAAAUCUGCCGAGGAAUCCAAGGAAGCUUCCCGACCAACUUCUGUCGCUGAAAGCAAGGAAGAAGAGAAAUCUCCCAUUGCCUCACGAAAGGCCUCGGUAGCAGAAAGUGAAAAGAAAUCUGCCGAGGAAUCCAAGGAAGCUUCCCGACCAACAUCUGUCGCUGAAAGCAAGGAAGAAGAGAAAUCUCCCAUUGCCUCACGAAAGGCCUCGGUAGCAGAAAGUGAAAAGAAAUCUGCCGAGGAAUCCAAGGAAGCUUCCCGACCAACUUCUGUCGCUGAAAGCAAGGAAGAAGAGAAAUCGGUAGCAGAAAGUGAAAAGAAAUCUGCCGAGGAAUCCAAGGAAACUUCCCGACCAACUUCUGUCGCUGAAAGCAAGGAAGAAGAUAAGUCUCCCAUUGCUUCGCGAAAGGUCUCGGUAGCAGAAAGUGAAAAGAAAUCUGCCGAGGAAUCCAAGGAAGCUUCCCGACCAACAUCCGUUGCUGAAAGCAAGGAAGAAGAGAAAUCUCCCAUUGCCUCACGAAAGGCGUCGGUAGCAGAAAGUGAAAAGAAAUCUGCCGAGGAAUCCAAGGAAGCUUCCCGACCAACUUCUGUCGCUGAAAGUAAGGAAGAAGAUAAAUCUCCCAUUGCUUCUCGAAAGGUCUCGGUAGCAGAAAGUGAAAAGAAAUCUGACGAGGAAUCCAAGGAAGCUUCCCGACCAACAUCCGUUGCUGAAAGCAAGGAAGAAGAGAAAUCUCCCAUUGCCUCACGAAAGGCCUCGGUAGCAGAAAGUGAAAAGAAAUCUGCCGAGGAAUCCAAGGAAGCUUCCCGACCAACAUCCGUUGCUGAAAGCAAGGAAGAAGAGAAAUCUCCCAUUGCCUCACGAAAGGCGUCGGUAGCAGAAAGUGAAAAGAAAUCUGCCGAGGAAUCCAAGGAAGCUUCCCGACCAACAUCCGUUGCUGAAAGCAAGGAAGAAGAGAAAUCUCCCAUUGCCUCACGAAAGGCGUCGGUAGCAGAAAGUGAAAAGAAAUCUGCCGAGGAAUCUAAGGAAUCUUCCCGACCAACUUCUGUCGCUGAAAGCAGGGAAGAAGAGAAAUCCCCCUCGGUAGCAGAAAGUGAAAAGAAAUCUGCCGAUGAAUCCAAGGAAGCUUCACGGCCAACAUCUGUCGCUGAAAGCAAGGAAGAAGAGAAAUCUCCCAUUGCCUCACGAAAGGUCUCGGUAGCAGAAAGUGAGAAAAAAUCUGCCGAGGAAUCUAAAGAAGCCUCGAGAAAGGCCUCGGUAGCAGAAAGUGAAAAGAAAUCAGCCGAGGAAUCCAAGGAAGCCUCGAGAAAGGCCUCGGUAGCAGAAAGUGAGAAAAAAUCUGCCGAAGAAUCCAAGGAAGCUUCCCGACCAACGUCCGUUGCUGAAAGCAAGGAAGAAGAGAAAUCUCCCAUUGCCUCACGAAAGGCUUCGGUAGCAGAAAGUGAAAAGAAAUCUGCCGAGGAAUCUAAAGAAGCUUCCCGACCAACAUCUGUCGCUGAUAGCAAGGAAGAAAAGAAAUCUCCCAUUGUCUCGCGAAAGGCCUCGGUAGCAGAAAGUGAAAAGAAAUCUGCGGAGGAAUCUAAGGAAGCUCACCGACCAACUUCUGUUGCUGACAGCAAGGGAGAAGAGAAAUCUGCCGAAGAAUCCAAGGAAGCUUCCCGACCAACAUCUGUCGCUGAAUGCAAGGAAGAAGAGAAAUCUCCACUCGCUUCACGAAAGGCCUCGGUAGCAGAAAGUGAGAAAAAAUCUGCCGAGGAAUCCAAGGAAGCUUCCCGACCAACAUCUGUCGCUGAAAGCAAAGAAGAAGACAAAUCUGUUGCGACCAGUGGAUUGACAUUAAAGACUGUUUAUCCCGUCAUUAUUGAUACCAUCUCCUCCCCCAUUGAUGAAGCCGGCGAUAUGAAAAAUAAGAAGGAAGAGUUUACUUUGGAUCUUGAAUCUGCAACACAGGAUGGAAAAUUACCAACUUCGUCCAGUCCCGUCGAUGUUGCUGAAGGUGACUUCCUAGCUGCAGGAGACGAUUCUAGCAAAGUAUCGGAACAUCAGGCGGCAGAUGUUGACAUAUCCGCAACUGUUUCGACACCUGUUGACAAAGCUGAUGUUUUCACCGAAGAAAUUGAAAAACUGAUUAUGUCUGAAAAGACUUCCCCUGCGGAAAAGAGUUCACCAGUUGAAAAAGUUUCUUCUGCUGAAAAGACGUCCCCAGCGGAAAAGGUUUCCCCUGUUGAAAAGAUUUCCCCCAGUCACGUUGAAACCAUGUCGUCGCCAAUCGACGAUGCCACUAAAACGAUAGAAGAAAUCAUAAUGAAGAAGGAGGAUUUCACUCUACAGCUCUCUGCUACUGAAGUCGUUGGACAAUUGCCAACAUCUUCCAGUCCAGUUGAUGUGGCCGAUGGCGACUUCGAGAAGGAAGUGGAGAAAACUGAAGAUGUCGCCGAUACAAAGUUCGCUGUUAAAGAUACAGUGUCAACCCCAGUUGAUGAAGCCGCAGAAUCUAUUGCCGAGGAUGAGAAGAAGAAGGAUGAAGAUUCGCCAUCUCCCAAAUCGAAGGGAAUUUUCGAAUCCAUAACCGGUAUCGUUAAAGAUAUCUUUACCAAGGAAUCCGAAGCCGUUACUGAGGCGGUUACAGCCAUCGAAACAACCGUCGAUCAUUUGACAGAGGACAUUGCUAAGAAAUCUGACGACAUCAGCGAAUCUGAACUUGCAAUCGAGUCUAGAAUUGAAGACGUCAAAGAUCAUGCCAAGUCCUUGUUGGACAUUUCAUCGAAACUUGAAAUACUCAAAGAUUCUGCCGCUCAUGCUUCGGAAGCAGUUAGUGAAAAAGCAGUCGAAGCUGAAGAAAAGGCCAAGGAAAUUCUAAAAUCUGAAGCAUCCGCUAUCAAGGACGAAGUCGAAAUCAUUGCGAAAACUACUGAAGAAUCCGUUAAAGAAGCCAAGGCAACAAUCGAGUCGAAAACUAUUUCAACCGAAGAAAUUGUCAAAACAGUGUCCGAGUCCUUGGACGAAAAGAUUUCCGACUUGAAACAGACUACCGAACAAGUUUUAGCCGAAGCAAAGGAGUCGAUUGUCACCAAAGCAGAAGAAAUUAAAGAGUCAACCGAAACCGUGGUUUCAGAAAUCGCAGAAACGGUUUCGCAAACCAAAGAAACAAUUGACCAGCAAGUUACAUCGGUGACUGAAGAAUUCUCCAGUAAGGUCGACGAUAUCAAAGAAAAAUCUCAAGAAGUUACAAAAAUGGUAUCAGAAUCGGUUACGGAAAAGGUUGAAGAGACAAAAACCAAGGUUGAAGAAUUGAAGGAAUCGGUUGCUACUUCCAUCGAAAAAUCUAUUGAAGAAGUGACAGAAUUGAAAGAACAAGUCGUUGAAGAAGUAAAGGAAACUGUGGCCUCAUCAACGGAAGCAGUUGUCGAAAAGACAGCCACAAUUAUCGAGGAUACAAAGACUGUUGCCGAAACAGUAGUUAAGGAUGUUAAGGAGUCAAUGGCCUCGUCAGCGGAAACCAUUACCGAAAAGACCGCCACAAUUGUCGAGGAUACCAAGACCGCUGUCGAAACAAUCGCUGAAGACGUUAAGGAGACUGUGUCCUCAUCAGCCGAAGCAAUUACCGAAAAGACAGCCACAGUUGUCGAAGAUGCCAAGACCGUCACGGAAUCAGUAACAAAAGACGUAAAGGAUUCUGUUGCCGACAAAGUCGAAGUGGUUGAAGAAAUUACUAAAACUACAAUUGAUACAUUGAGCCACGAAUUAAAAUCUGCAACGACCGAUUCCUUAGGAUUUACUACCGAACUUCGUGAAACACAUAUCACAACAAUGGACACAUCGCCCGACCUUAAGAUUACCGUUGUCGAUAAAGAAGAGCCAAUUUUGCAUGACAUCAAAGAAGAGGAUGAGGAGCAUAGAACUAGUCCACCUUCAGAUGUGACCCCAGUAUUGGGUGAGGUUGCCGUACCCAGGCCUGUGUCUCCACGGGAGGUUGAAGUCUUCAAAAUUGUCGCCGAUGUUGCCAAGGUCUUGAAAUCGGAGAAAGAUAUAACCGAGAUCAUUCCAGACUUUGAUGAAAAAGAAUUGGAGGAGAAACUCAAAUCGGUGGAAGAACCCGAGGGACCAACAGUCCAGAGAAUGCUAGUUACGGCCAGUAUACCCAGCGAAAAAGACAAACCGGUCCUUGACAAGGUCCCAAAGACGGAAAUUGAAUCUGAAAAAUCAUCUCCCGAUCUGAAAUCGUCAGGACCUGCUUCAAUCGAAGAAAAGGACAAGAUUGAAGAGUCCGAAAAGGCUCAACUACGAGGAAAACGCGACGUGAGUGGCCGUAAAGAAUCCACAUCCAGCAUGGAACUGGAAUGGAGAAGAGAAUCGGCCAUAAGUGCCUACAGUGAGAAGGAUUUGACCAAAGACGAAGAUACCUUCGAUAGCAAAGCUGAUUUCUCCUCAAGCCCAUUCGAAGAUAAGGACAGACCAGACUCCGCAGCCAGUCAGAUUUCAUCCAAGGACAAAGAAUUGCCACAUGAGGCUGAGGAAUCAGUCAAGGACAUGAAACCAGAAAGCAGAAAAGAAUCGCUAUUGUCCACAACCGAAGAAGAGACAAAAGAAACUGCAGUUUCGCCCUCUGCCUCUGUUGCCAGUGAAAAGGAAUCGGCACUGCCUGCAGACAAAUCACCUGUCACAUCCGACACCAAGGAUAUCUCACGUCCUGUUUCCGAAGCCAGUGCCAAGGCUGAGGACGAAAAACAAGUAUCCCGACCAGAAUCCGUUGCUUCACAGGCCGAAAGUAAAGCUAGCGAUAAAUCAGAACAAAAGGAAAUUUCUCGUCCAGUUUCGGUAACCAGUCACGCCACAGAUAUUGCUGAGGCUAUGUCGAGAAAGGAAUCUGUAAUUUCAACUACAGAAGAAAAGGUUACUUCUGAUGUAGCUUCACGAAAAGAAUCGAUUGUUUCCACUACUGACGAAAAACAAGCUUCACGGCCAGAAUCUGUUGCCUCCAGGAAAGAGUCCAUUAUCUCUGCCGCAGAAUCGGUUGCCUCACAUGCCGAAAGUAAGACCAGCGAACAAUCUGCAGCAUCUGAGCAAAAGGAUGCCUCACGUCCCAUCUCUGUUGUCAGCCAUACGAGCGAAGUCGUCGAUAUCACAUCACGUAAGGAGUCUGUUACAUCAGCAGCUGAAGCUUCAGAGGUUGUGUCACGCAAAGAAUCCAUUGUUUCUACAGCUCAAGAACAGGUGGCUUCCGAAGCUGGCGAUGUAAGCUCCCGCAAAGAAUCUAUAAUUUCCACAACAGUGGAUCAAAAGUCGUCAAGACCCGAAUCGGUAAUAUCACAGGCCGAAAGCAAGGCUAGCGAGAAGGUUGAGAGCAAGGUGGCAUCACCAACUGAAUCCGCGGCUAGCCACAAGGAAGAUGCCCAAGACACCAAAACAGAAGUCAAGGAAACCAUCACUAGUAGCAGCACAUCCUUAACGGAUGCAGCCAAAGAAUCGGCUGAAAAGAUCUCCACAAUUGUCACCACCACCACCAUAAUCUCAUCGGCCAGCGAAAAACAAGAAAGGCAGGCAUCCGCCCUCUCCAGCAGCAGCACGGAAAGCAAACAAAUUGUCACAGAGACAAGCCGCCUGUUGGCCAGUGAAAUUGCCAAGGCUUCCAGCGAGUCGCUCAGUGAAUCCCUAAAGAGCGUUAAGGUUGAAGUUGGUUCCCUACACGAAUCCGUCUCCAGCCUUGCCGCAGACAAAGAAACCUCAAAGACUAUUGAACGCGUCGAGUCUUUGACACAUGGCGAAGAUUCCCAAGCCUACUCCGAGGAAUGUUCUUCCGAAUCCAUGGUUAGUGAAAUCCAAACCUCAACUCAAACAAAACAGAAAUCGGAGAGCUCUUCGGUAUCGCUUGCCGAAUCCUCAGUCAAGGAGAGCCUCAAACAGACUGUUGAAGAAUUCCUGGCUACCGAAAAAAUCAUAUCCACCAAGGAGAGCAUGAGCACCCACGAAGCCAUCACCAAGUCAAAGGCCGGCACAUCUACCACCGUGACAACGACCAUCUCUGAUAGCAGACGUGCAUCAGCCAUGAGUCAAGCCAGCGAGGGUCGCCAAACACACAGUGACGUUGAAGACGAGUCGGAGGACGACGAAGAGAAGGCCCACAUCAAGGAGGGACGUUCCAAGUCAUUUGCCAAUAUAAUGACAACCAGCAUUUACAAGCCAUCCGAACAGGUCAGCGCUGCCGAAACUCUGGAAGAAGAGGAGACAUUGGAGGAAACACUGGCACAAAUGAAAACUUCAUCGGUACAAAUGUCCAGCACCAGUACCAGCAGUCAACAGAAAUCCCAGACUCUGACGCAGAAGGAAUCGUUAACAUUGGCCCAGACCUAUGAACAUGAACUGGCCGAUCGCAAAACACCACCCACAGCUCCAGUUAGCCCCGGUAUUAUUAAGACUACCACCACCACAACUACCGUUGGUGGAGCAGCAGCUACAACUGGCACAAAAAUUGCCUUGACUGAGACCACCACCACUACCAGCACUUCGGCGACUACUGCUCACAGUGGCCCACUGUCACCCAAGGACAUUAGCGGCAAAUCAAGUCCCGGCGCAUUGACUUCUGAGAGCCAAUCGAUACCAACCCCCAUGGGUAGAGAAUCGCUGACUGAAACUCCAGAAUCUUCGCCCAAGCCCACAUCACCCUUCCCUCGAGUCACGAAGGAAGAGUUGUCGUCGUCAGCUGCCACAUUUGGAACUACCGAACAACAGGCGGAAUCAAGCGCCUCGUCGACAGCCAUGUCGGCCAUGACCACGUCCAUGUUGCGCAAGGACUUCGAAACCCUGCCCGAUUUACACGAAGUGCGUGGCAUCGAAAAGACAGCCGCCCUCAGCGGCAGUACUGAAAAAAUCAUAACCACCACCAUCACCACGGUGACCAAAGUCAUAUCGACCGAUGGCAAGGAAAUCGUCACCGAAGAAAAGACAAUCACAACCACAGACUCGACAGAUCCCGAGGGCGAGAAGGUCACGGUGACCACCACACGUACCACCAGCGAAAGUGACAAGAGUGACGUGAUCUUGCCCAAAGAAGUGGCUAUGCUGCGCAGCAUGUACCGGUCUUCCACACCCGGCAGUGACGACACCAGCGACGACGAGGUACCCGCCUCGCCCCACUCAACUGGUUCCUUUGCCGGUGCCAGCAGCUACGAUUUACAGCGGUCCGGCUCGGGCGUGAGUAAACGUUCCGACUUCGAAAUAGACGAAAGUCAGGAUGACAUACCACCCCAAUACGAAGAAGUCUCUGCCGCCAGAUCAAUUACCUCCAGCAGUCAUUUCGCCCACAAGAUUGUCGAUCCAAUGAGCACCUCAUUCUACGGAGCACUGCCAGACUCAUUCGAUACCAAACCAACCUCCGCCACCCAACCCAUAACAAUUCAGGGCGCCACACAACGCCUACAAGACUUUGCUGAAUCGCCGAUGUCUCAGUCCUCGGGCUCGGUGGAUAGCACACGACACACGGGCGGUGACAUUAAAUUCCUCGAGGAGGCCGAGAUGGGUUUCAAGCAGGCCCUCAAGGAACACGUUGAGCUGCGUGGAGCCGACGUGAUGUCAUCGGUAACAGCCAAGUAUUCCUACUCGCCCUCAAAGGCCGAGGAAGUGGAGCAGACAGUAAGCAGCGCCGAACAGCCCAAGUUCCCCUUGAGCAGUGUACAGAAACCCAAAUUCUCGGAGGGAGCAACCACCACAAUGACCUCAGUGGAAACGACACAGGAUGGCGAUGGCAAAUCAACCACCGUGACGACAACCACAACGACCAGCCAAUCGUCGACAGGUGCCGGAGCCACAAGCCGCAUCACCGCCACAGAAACCACAACGUCUACCCAGUCCAGUUCGUCGACCACCACCACAAGUGUUGAUGACAAACUCAAGGAAUGGGGCAAACCAUUGGGUCUGCCCUCGCCCGCACCCAUGGCUGCCGAGGGUAGUGGUGAUGUCCGCACCACACCCAAAAAGGAGAGACGACUGAUGGCCACCAAGACUCGCCUGAACAACGAGAAGAAUUUGCGUAAACGUUCCGAAUCGCCCAGCAAAGCCAAGAAGCCCUCACCCGUCUAUGUGGACUUGACCUAUGUGCCACACAAUGGCAAUUCCUAUUACUCGCACGUGGAGUUCUUUAAGAGGGUGCGAGCCCGCUACUAUGUGUUCUCAGGUACCGAACCCAGCCGCCAGGUGUACGAUGCCUUGUUGGAGGCAAAACAAACCUGGGAGGAUAAAGAAUUAGAGGUAACUAUCAUUCCCACCUACGACACCGACGUCCUGGGCUAUUGGGUAGCUGAAAACGAAGAACUGCUGGCCAAAUACCGCAUCGAUCUCUCGCCAUCAGCCUCACGGUGUACCAUUAACCUGCAGGAUCACGAGACAUCUUGCUCCGCUUACCGUUUGGAAUUCUAGGCCACGGGGAUGUUUGUAGCGUUUUCGGAAAAUUAAGUUUCAAAAUUCAGUUAUCGUGUAAUAGA